ACUUCUGCAGAUGACAGGUGGGGGUGUCGUAUGAAAAGUCUGCAGUGUAGAGGGUGAAGAGAAACAGUGCCAGCACCGUCCCCUGCGGGGCCCCCGUACUGCAGACAACCAAGUCCAAUACACAAUCCUGGGUCCUGACAUACUGCGGCUGGUCCGUGAGGUAGUCCAGGAUCCAGGAUGUGAGUGAGCACAGAGUCCUGGUCCCGAUGUCUGCAGGAGGAGUUGGUUCUGUCACCAGGUUUGACCGGGUGCGGGAGAUCCCACACUAUGACCAGGUACCUGUGGGCGCCUCAUGGCAGUACUCGGAUUUUCCUCCGCCACCGGAGUCCUUUCACGGAACACUGCCUGCCGUAAGCUUAGACCCCCUUCCCCCUCCCCCUCUACCUCAACAGCCAGCUGUUGGGUAUGAAUCCUUUUCCCCCCCCAGCGAUGGUGAGCCAGUGGAGCCCGACAGUGACGUUAUGGACAUUAAGCCAGUCCAUCGCUUCAUCCCUGACUCUGUCAAGGACUUCUUCCGUGGCAGUAACCGUGGCAGUAAGGGUGAAAAAUGCUACACCACAGCAGGAGUCCCCUGCUCACCCCCCAACUCCGCCCCCCCAUCUCCGUCCCUUCCAGGGUCCUAUCGGGACCCCUAUGGUGGCUCUGGGGGCAGCUACACCUCUCAGAAGGAGCGAGACGCACUGCUGCUGGGUGCUGAGGCCCUCGACUCAGCAUCUGCAGUACCCACCAAUCUGUCAGCCUUGACCUACCAUGAGCGGGUGGAGGAGUACCAUCAGCGCUAUGCCUACAUGAAGUCCUGGGCCGGCCUGCUGAGGAUCCUGGGCUGUGUGCAGCUGCUGCUGGGAGCUGCUGUAUUCGCCUGCGUCUGUGCUUAUGUUCAUAAGGACAAUGAGUGGUUCAAUAUGUAUGGAUACUCCCAGCCACAGCUGUUUGGUGGGCUUGGUGGUGGUGCUGGUGCGUAUGGAUCCGGGGGUGGUUACUACACAGGCCCCAAGACACCUUUUGUCCUGGUGGUGGCCGGCCUUGCAUGGAUAGUGACCGUCAUGCUGGUGGUUCUUGGAAUGACCUUAUACUACAGAGCCAUUCUUCUAGACUCUUCCUGGUGGCCUCUCACAGAGUGCUCCAUCAACCUUGUCCUGGCGGUGCUCUAUUUAGCAGCAGGGAUAGUGUAUGUGAGGGACACCACUCGAGGAGGACUGUGCAACCUGCCGAUCUUCAAUAACGGAAUUAAUGGGGCAUUUUGUCGGACUGAGGCCGGCCAAACGGCAGCCAUUGUCUUCCUCUUCAUCAACAUGGUGCUCUACUUCAUUAGUGCAGGAGUGUGUCUGAAGCUGUGGAGGCACGAAGCAGCCAGGAUGAGGAGGGAAGGGCUGGCACAAGAGAUGAAAACAAUUGGAUCAUCAGUCCCUCUGUCCAUACUGGGCCCAGGCUCCAGGGCUUCAGAUCCGACUCCUCUCCCCACUGUCCAGCCAGACAUCAUGGAUGCUGCUAACAGCUCUGCAGCUGCUCCUCUAAGGACGCUGGAGCCAGAGAUCCUCAGAGGUCACAUACCAGCGGGACACAUCCCCAAACCUGUCGUUAUAGCUGACUAUGUGGCGAAGUACCCCAGCAUCCGCUCAGAGGAGGAGAGGGACCAGUACAAGGCUGUGUUCAAUGACCAGUAUGCUGAGUACAAGGAGCUGCACGCUGAGGUUCAGGCCAUGGCCAAGAAGUUUGAAGAGAUGGAUGAGAUGAUGCAGAACCUUUCCGCCCGGCCUUCCAGCCAAAUGGAAAAGGAGCGGAUCAAUGGCAUACUAAUGGAGUAUCAGAGGAAGAAAGCUGACCCAACAUAUUUGGAAAAAAGGGAGAGGUGUGAGUACCUAAAGAGCAAACUCUCUCAUAUCAAACAGAAGAUUCAGGAGUACAACAACAGCAACUAAACACUUUCAUUAACUCACCUGGAAUUCAUAUGGAGUCUGCAGCUAUAUAAGAGAAGCUGCUCUGUUGCACAGAGAACAGAGUAUAGGGACGGAGGCGGGUACUGAACUAGUAAAACCACAACUGCUGAUUGUAUGCCAUUAUCACAUUAAAACAUUACUGCUGUUAGGUGUCAUCACAAACAGAAGAUCAUUUUCACAGCUUUAAACAACAUUUAUCAGUAGAUAAAUCAGUAGGAAUGUCCUUAUAUACAGCAGCCAAAGGCUAAGAAAAGAAGCUUUAUCAAAAAUGUGACCUGAAAAUCUUGUCGAGAGCUGGAGUGGGUCAGGUGUAACUAGAAAUAAUUGAUAGGGUCUUCAUUGUAUAUAACAUCCAGCAAGCCCAACCUGUUCUCAUAUGCCUCACCGUCUCAUGGAGAUUUACAGGGCCUUCAGCAUCUCUGUGUGAUGCACAGCUGAAACACUUUGUCACAUUUGGUUAAUGUGAAAUGGUUGUGGUGAACUUUAGGCAACAGAACUACUUGGUUAAGUUUAGAAGGAAAGAUCAUGUUUUAGGUUCAAAUAAGUACGUUUAUUAUUUUACUUAAGCGCACAGAGGUGCCAACAGCAGUUUGUUGUGGUUGGUUUAUUUUUUAGAAAAUCAGACUGUAGAGGUUUAGCUGCUUGCUAUGAUGUUCAUUAUGUGCUGCCAUUAUUGUUUUUUUACAUUGCAUGUCUUCUAUCCAGUAGUCUUUUCAAACUGUGAGAUACAAUGUGAACAUUUAUGAAAAGCUACAAACUUUGUCUCACCCUGUUACUGAAAUCACAAUGUGGUAGGCUAUAUAUAAUAGAUGGCUGUUUUGUAAUUAGUUUAAGUGACUCCUGUUGUAAUCUCUUAUUUGUACAUUGAUAUGUUCCAUUGUGUGUAUUAUUGUUUUGUAUGAUAUUAAGUAUGUCCUGCUGCUUUAUGCCAAUAAUGAAGCACCCUUUUAAAUACUUGUAUUUUUCCAGUGUUUGACUUUAAGCAUGAAGCUAAUGCCCUGUUUGAUUUACUUCUGUUACAUCUGCUGUUCACUGUUUCAGUCCAACAGGUGCCCAAGCUCAGUUAGUCCAGGGCAGUGGGAAUACUUAAGGGGAGCCAGUGAAGUUAAUAAUACUAUUAAAAAAAGUACAAUCAGAAAAAAAUAAUAUUUUCAUAAUUAAUAUAGCCGUGGCCAAAGGCAAGAGAUUUUUUUUCAAAUUUGGCAACGUCAACUUGGACUCAAGGAAGAACUGAUUAGAUUUUGGAGGUCAAAGGUUGCUGUGACCUCACAACAUAUGUUUUUGGCAAAACUGGAAGAAAUCAUAAGCCAAGUUGAACAAUUGCACAGGAAUGUUUAAGAGGAUAAAAUGAUGAAGAGAUGACAUUUUAUAUGCAAAAGGUCAAAAGACAACUUCACUAUGACAUCAUUAUGUUACGAGGAUACCUUUGAUCAGAUAUUGAAUUGGUAACACUAAUGUUGGGUGUCCACCUUAAAACUCUUCUGACUGUAUAGAUCUUCUGUGCUG